AUGACUGCCACGACUCUGACUAGCAGCAUCACUUCGACUAGCACGUCGGUUAGCAGUACGAGCGAGAGCAGCACGACCGUUUCCAGCAGCAUUUCGACCAACAGCAACACUGCAACCAGCACGUCGGUGAGUAGCACAAGUGGCAGCAGCACGAGCAUUACCAGCGGGACUGUGACCGGCAGCAGCACGAGCAUGACUGCCACGACUGUGUCAAGCAGCACUUCUGCGACUAGUACGUCGUUUAGCAGUACGAGUGGGACCCUCACGAGCAUUAGCGUUACCAGCAGCACUACGACCACCACGACGACUUCCUACAUGGACUACACGUUGCUGCCUCCCGGUCAGACGUGCCAUGAGGCCGGCAUGCAGGACAUACAAGUGUCUGCAGAGUGUUUUGGCCCUGCCAUGGUUUCCGUCAACCUCAGCUCCGCUGGAACUCAGGAUUUCACAGACGACGCCAUGCCGUUCACAUGCGUGCAUGUGGCCUCGAAAGAUGCGGUGUACUUUGGAGAUUCAAGCUCCGACACCGCGUCGCCCAACCCGACAUACCGGUACAUCUGCAUUGGCAUCCUGACGACGACCGCAAGCAGCACGACCUCGGAGACAGGCACGAUUAGUACGAUCAGCACGACUGCAUCCACACGAGCAUGA